AUGUUGUGCUUGGAACCGACCAGCUCGUCAGGCAUAUAAUUAGCUGCCCAUCUGAAGGAUAUAUGGCAUUUCAUCAGACACUAUAAAACGGAUGCAGAUUAAAACCUUUCCUAGAUGCGCCCACCAUCACACUCUUGGGAAGACAGUAACUUUGAGAUAUUUACUAGACCUAAAACCCGAGAACCGAUGGCGAGAGCCAGAGGAAACGCAGUAGGAGUCCGUACACACACAGAAACCACCUACUCGCUCAGCUCGCGGGGACAUUCAUUCGAGAUCAAGAUCCUUUGGCAAGAGGGCUCACCAGGGGAUCAUCAAAGUUCAUCGAUGUUUUUUAUUGGGGGAAUAGCUGUACAACAACCCAUGUGACGGAAAGUAUUGUUUCAGCAGCAUACGAGUCGCCAUGAACGUCUUUUAAGAUUUCAGGAGGCCAUCUUGAGGUAUUUUCCGACUAA